CGGUGGUUUUGAAUGUCUCGGCGGGCGCAUGCGCAGACCGUUGGAGCCUCUCAGCGGUGACUAGCUCGUUUCAGUCCUUUAGCCCAUCAGACUGUCUCUCAGCUCGUCUUCUGUUCAACCGGCAGUCCAUCUACCGAGCGGGAUUAACCACAUCCAGGAGGGGAAAGAAACAUGCCCAAGAAUAAAGGUAAGGGAGGAAAGAAUCGGCGACGUGGAAAGAACGAGAAUGAGUCCGAGAAGAGAGAGCUGGUGUUCAAAGAGGAUGGACAGGAAUAUGCUCAGGUGAUUAAAAUGCUGGGGAACGGACGUCUGGAGGCCAUGUGCUUCGAUGGAACCAAGCGGCUUUGCCACAUCAGAGGAAAACUCCGGAAAAAGGUGUGGAUUAACACGUCAGACAUCAUCCUGGUCGGACUGAGAGAUUACCAGGACAACAAAGCUGACGUCAUCCUCAAGUACAACGCAGACGAGGCUCGUAGUUUGAAAGCGUACGGAGAGCUGCCGGAGCACGCCAAAAUCAACGAGACAGACACCUUCGGGCCCGGAGACGAUGAUGAGAUCCAGUUUGAUGACAUUGGCGACGAUGAUGAUGACAUUGAUGAUAUCUAAAGACCUGCUACUGGAGGGAGGAAGGUGGGAUUUUACGAGAGAUGCUCCGAUGGGAAUAUUUUGAGCCGCCACACCGCACCGAUAAUGAUUAUUUUUUAUUAAGAUCAGCCUAUGCCAAUCCAAUACAGUUUAUUAAUACGAUUCAAUUUAUUCCAGUUUGUUAACCAUCAGUAGACAUCUUUCUUGUUUUUGAGAGGUGCAUUUCGUGUAAUGUGGGGGAAGAAAGGACACCAGUAUUUUGAGUUUAUCGUUGACCUGAAUGAACAUGAGAUGCUGCUUUAGUACGACUGUCUGAGUUAUCACUCGUAGCGACUAGAGGGCGAUGCAGCAGGCUGCCUGGUGACUGAAUGAUGACGCAGACCGUCGGGAUUGGAGACUCAAGAGUAGGCUGAUCACCAGCAUCACAGUUAGGGUGAAUAUCUGGACCUAUUGCUAGAUUUUCACCUUUUUUUGUUUUUGCUUCUAAUUUUCCAUCUCAUUCACGGAGGUUUUCUUUUUUUUUUUUUUCUGUAUUAUCCAAAAAACACUUAGAAGAGGUUCUAUCGAUACCAUGACUGCAGAAUAUCUCACACCAAAUGCGUCAUCUUUUUUAAAAAAUGUAUUUAUAUUCAUUUCACACUAUGUGGAAUUUAGCUACAAGUACAGAAUCUCUGGGUUCGUCAAUAAAAAGAUAAACCAUUUUGUGUUUUCCUCUUGGCAGUCUGUAUCAUUGUAGCCUGAGAGGCAGAAGAAAGUUAAUAACACUCGGCUCUGUAUCUUCUUGUUCACGUCAUAUUCCACUAACUAUUUGCUCGUUUUUGGAUUGAUCCAUGAAGGUUAUCCCCUUGAAAUUUAAAAAGAAUAAUCAAAAUGUAUUUUUCUAUUGUUUCCCUUUUUAUUUGUGUUUUCUGUGUGUUUGUGUUUCCAUGUUGAACUCUUCGCUGCUCGCUCUGUGGCUUCAGCACAGGUCUCUCUAGACCAGCGGUUCCCAAACCUUCUCCACCGCCGACACAACCUCAGAUCACCGUUCACACGUUCUCUGAACCUCUACAAAAUCAAAUAUUACAGUAGUUUAUUCUCCUUCUCCCAGCACCUCAGUUUUGGGAACCACUGCUCUAGACCACAUGGGGCCUGUCACUGUUGUUGCUGUAACUCUGAAUUAAUAAAAAAAAAUGUACUAUGAUGUUUGAAGGCUGGGUUUCCAAUAAAGAUCUUAACUCCACUGA